UUAAAUUAUUAUAGAUGAUUCAAGGGAGCAGUAUGCAACAAUCGUCGGAUGGUCUCAAUCUGGACACUAAUGGAUAUCAGCAACAGCUCUAUUUACAGCAAGAGCAUUCGAUGCAACCGAUCAAUGUCAGUUCUGCCUAUGGUAACUCACAAAGUUCGUAUGCAACAAUGAGCUCUCCACGUCAUCAACAACAUAGCGGCCAACAAUUAUUGAUGUUGCAACAACAGCAACAACAGGUUCAAAUGCAACAUAUGCAGUAUAUGCAUUCUCAGCAACAACAACAGCAGCAGCAGCAAUUGCAACAACAGCAACAAAUGCAAUAUAGAAGUCCUACCGGAGGCAGUCCGACUACUAUGCAAGCAAACAAUAUCCCGGAGACAAAUAAUAAUACUACGACCAGCGAAGAUAGUGAUGACAGUACUCCACAUUCUGGAAUGAUUGCUAUGGUAAAGCGUGAGCCACCAUCGCCAGAAGCAGCUGAUGUUGGGGCAAAGAAUCAAAGAAAAAUGAAGCCCCAAAAAAAGAAGAAAAAGAGAGAUCCUAAUGAGCCACAGAAGUAA